AUGAAAAUAAAAGAUCUAGUGUUUAAAAGUCGAACUAUACUAGACAGUAGAGGAAAUCCGACCUCUGAGGUGGAUAUUUUGUACAACGAUCAUCUUUUUAGAUCAUCGUGUCCAGCUGGUGCAUCUGUCGGAUCAAAAGAAUGUGUUGUCAUAACUGAUAAAAGAACAAAAUACAAGGGUAAAAGUAUUGAUGAUGUACAUCACAUAAUAAGAGAUGUGAUAAUCCCGCAUUUAAAAAAUUCCGAAGUUAGUUUACUUGAUUCACAAAAAAUAGACGAUGCGAUGUUAGAAAUAGAUAGAUCUUAUAACAAACAAAAUGUGGGUGUAAAUAGUAUUCUUCCACUUUCCAUAAGUUUUUGCAAGUUAUCAGCUUUUUUAAAUAAAUUAAAAGUAUAUAAUUAUAUCAGUAAAAUUUAUGAAAGUAAACCAAGUAUUCCAGUUCCCCAUUUUAACAUUUUAAAUGGAGGUGUGCAUUCUGGAAAUAAUUUUUCUAUUCAAGAAAUAAUGAUUGUUUUUGAUACAGGCCAUAUUGAAAAAGAUAUUGAGAAUGCUAGCGUCUUCUACCAAGAACUUAAAAGAACAAUUACUGAACAAUAUGGCAGUCAAUAUACUAGUGUAGGGGAUGAGGGCGGAUUUGCACCGCCGAUAAAAGAUAUGGAUGAAGUCAUUAGGCUUCUUGAAAAAACCGGUACUGCUUGUAAUAUUAUUGAAUAUAAAAUAGCAUUAGAUAUAGCUGCUAAUAGUUUUUAUAAAGAAAAUAAGUACAUUUUAAAUGGGAAAAGUUUAUCCUCCGAUGAACUUUGUACUUUUUAUUUAGAUUUACUUAAAAAGUAUCCUAAAAUUUAUAGUAUAGAAGAUCCGUUUUCAGAGGAUGAUAUUGCUGGAUGGGAAAAAUUUUCAAAAGAAGCGCCUUCUAAUUUAAAUAUUGUAGGUGAUGAUCUCACAGUUACAAAUCCUAGUCUUGUAAAAAUGGCAGGAGAGAAAGAGUUGUGCAAUGUUUUACUGGUGAAGCCUAAUCAAAUUGGUUCUGUUAGUGAGACGAUUGAGGCAGUUAAAUUAGCCAGAAGUUACGGUAUGAAGAUAAUGGUUUCACAUAGAAGUGGUGAAACAGAAGACAAUUUUAUUAGUGAUUUUUCUGUCGGCAUUGGUGCCGAUUACAUCAAAUCAGGAGCUCCAUGUAGAGGUGAAAGAGUUUCAAAGUAUAAUCAGUUAUUAAGAAUCAGUGAAGAUUUUAAACAAUAA